UUGGAGCAGAGCGCACGCGCAGGCAGAGAGCUCCUGCCGACGAGCAGCGACGAGGAACUGGGGUAAUUAACGCGUACGUAGGCUACCGCCACAACCCCGCACGCCUCCGUACGACUACUCCUGCGUACGAUAAUGCAUCCUGUCCUCGGUGUAAUGUGUCCGGUAAGGAGGAGUGUGUGAGGGGAGAGCCAGAAUGGGAGGGCGGCCGCUCCGUGCUCUCCCAUCCCCUCCGUCUCUCCGUCUCCGGGACGCCGCCACAGAGCGCCCGCCGAUGCCGGUCCUCCUCUCCGCCGCCAAGCUACACUUACCUCCGGGUAAUUGUCCGACUCGUCAUUACAUAACUCGGCGUUAACCGUGUCGCUCGCUUUGUCGACUUAAUCCCCCCCCCACAAAAAAAAAAAAAAAGGUCAGGAGAGGGAUAGACACAUCUUGUUUGGACUGGGCUGCCUUUGCUGUCGUGGACUCAAGGACCAUAAGGGUGGAAACCUGAGAUCAGCGGUGAUGAGAGAGGAUUUCACUGGUGUUCUUCCAGAAGCAUCUGGAAAGGAUAACACGGGGAUACACUCCCCCUCCAGAGGACCAGAGGAUCAUUCACAUCUCAGACAUUUGAGUGUUUUUCAGCUUUGAGUGAUGUCUUCUAGCUUGUGUUUUUAAGUGAAAUUGGUUUAAAAUCACUGGCACAAUUUGGGCUCAUAACAAGAUUUCCUCUUUGCACCAAGUGGUUUUGGACAUGUUGGAUAACUGGUGCAUUCAAUAAGUGAUUAAAAGGACCAGUACCACCAGUACAGAUCAGUUAUCCUGCAAGGUUUCCUCGUAGCUAUGCAGUGAAGAUGUGUGCAGCCAGGUUCAGUGGCUGCCUCAAUGGCUGUGCCGAGGAGGCUGCAGGUGGUGGCGCCACAGCGGGGGCUGGCGGUCCGGUCACGGCCUCCAGGAUGCUGGACUGGACAGAGGCCGGUCCUCGCAUCCUCCACAGCCUGGAGAUGGGGACGGUGAUGACCGUCUUCUACCAGAAGAAGUCCCAGCGGCCCGAGAGGAGAACUUUCCAGAUAAAGCAGGACACGCGGCAGAUAGUGUGGAGCCGAAGCCCUGACAAACUAGAAGGAGAGAUCGACAUAGGAGAGAUCCGGGAGCUGCGGUUGGGGAAGGGCUCCCGUGAUUUUGAGCGCUAUCCGGAGGAAGCCCGGAAACUGGACACCGCCCACUGCUUCAUCGUGCUCUACGGCCUGGAGUUUCGCCUCAGGACGCUCAGUGUGGCUGCCUUCAGCGAGGAGGAGGUCAACAUGUGGAUCACUGGCCUCAACUGGCUGAUGGUUGACACUCAGAGAGCGCCCGCACCACAACAGAUCGACAGGUGGCUGAGGAAACAGUUUGAGGUCAUGGACCGGAGCCACGAGGGCAGCAUCACAGUGAAGGAUGUGAAAGCUCUGCUGCCUCAGGUCAACUACAGAGUCCCCAACAUGCGCUUUCUCAAAGACAAGCUGCAGGAGGUGGAGGCCAGGAGCGAGCUGUCGUACCCCAACUUCUCGCAGCUCUACAGAACGCUGAUGUUUGACGCACAGAAGAGUAUUAUUGAGCAGCUGGAGCUCUCCUUCCCUCUGCGGAAUGUGGACAGACCGGAGCUUUGUCAGAUCUCCCUCUACGACUUCCAGAAGUUUUUACAGAUGGACCAGAAGGAGUCGUGGGCGUCGGAUCUGAGUCGUGUCAGAGAGUUCCUCACCGGGUACAUGAGGGGGGGUCCGCAGCCUGAGCCCAUGCUGCAACUGGAUGAGUUCCUUACGUUCCUGUUCUCUAAAGAGAACUCUGUGUCUGACCCUCGGCUCUCAGCUGUUGUUGCCGAUGACAUGAAAAGGCCGCUGUCUCAGUACUGGAUCUCCUCUUCACACAACACCUACCUGACAGGUGACCAGUUUUCCAGUGAAUCUUCUCUAGAAGCCUACGCCCGCUGCCUCCGGAUGGGCUGCCGCUGCAUUGAACUGGACUGCUGGGACGGACCUGACGACCUGCCGAUCAUCUACCACGGCCACACGCUAACCUCCAAGAUCAAAUUCCUGGAUGUGCUGCACACCAUCAAAGAGCACGCCUUCGUCACAUCGGAGUAUCCUGUGAUCUUGUCCAUCGAGGACCACUGCAGCGUGGUCCAGCAGAGGAACAUGGCCACGCACUUUAAGAAGGUGUUUGGAGAUCUGCUGCUCACCAAGCCCGUCGAUAACAGCGCCGAGGAGCUUCCCUCACCCUACCAGCUCCGCAGGAAGAUCCUCAUCAAGCACAAGAAACUGGUGGAAGGCACGCUUUAUGAAGAGGUGACUUCAGCCAGCUACUCUGAAAACGACAUCAGCAACUCUCUGAAGAACGGCAUCCUUUACCUGGAAGACCCCAUCGACCACACGUGGACUCCACACUAUUUUGUCCUGACCAGUAAUAAGAUUUACUACUCGGAAGAGACGUCUCACUACCAGACAGCUGAAGAAGAGGAGGACGAGGAAGGAAAAGAGGAGUGUAACAACAACGAGCAGCACUGUGCGGAGCGCUGGUUCCAUGGGAAGCUGGGCGGAGGCCGCGACGGCCGACAGGUGGCGGAGAAGCUCCUGCAGGAGUACUGCGAGGGCGGGGCCAAAGACGGCACCUUCCUGGUCCGGGAGAGUGAGACGUUUGUUGGGGACUACACCCUCUCGUUCUGGCGCUCCGGUCGAGUCCAGCACUGCAGGAUCCAUUCACGGCAGGAGUCCGGCUCCACUCGCUUCUACCUGACCGACAACCUGGUGUUUGACAGCCUCUACCGCCUCAUCUGCCACUACCGAGACACGCCACUGCGCUGCAACGAGUUUGAGAUGAGGCUGGGCAGCCCCGUGCCUCAGCCCAACGCCCACGAGAGCCGAGACUUUGUGUUCUCCAGGUGGUUCCACUCCAGUCUGUCCCGUGUUCAGGCUGAACACAUGCUGAUGCGCGUCCCCCGAGACGGAGCUUUCUUGGUGCGAAAACGCAGCGAACACAACUCCUACGCCAUCUCCUUCAGGGCGGAGGGGAAGAUCAAACACUGUCGUAUCCAGCAGGAGGGCCGUCUCUUCAUGUUGGGCAGCUCGGCGGAGUUUGAGAGUCUCGUCGAUCUCGUCAGCUACUACGAGAAGCAACCUCUGUACCGCAAGAUGAGGCUCCGCUACCCCAUCAACGAGGACACUCUGGACCGCAUGGGCACCACGGAGCUUGACUACGGGGCGCUGUAUGAGGUCCGCACGCCUCACUUCUACGUGGAGGCCAAUAAGAUGCCCUCCGCUCGGUGUACGGUCAAAGCUCUGUACGACUAUCGAGCUCAGAGGGAAGACGAGCUCUGUUUCCCCAAACAGGCGCUCAUCCUCAACGUGGAUAAGCAGGAGGGCGGCUGGUGGCGAGGUGACUACGGAGGGAAGAAACAGCUGUGGUUUCCUGCAAACUAUGUGGACGAGGUUCCCACUUCUCCCACCAGAGAGCUGGACGAAGUGUCUACAGAGAACAGUCCUCUUGGAACAUUCCUCAAGGGCUUCAUUGAUGUACCCACCUGCCAUGUCGUGGUGCAUAAGGACGGGAAGAAUUCUCGUCCCUAUGUGUUCACCAUCCACUCCCAGCAGCUGUCGUCUCACCCAGUCCAGACUCUGGACGUUGCAGCCGACAGUCUGGAGGACGUAACCAGCUGGGUCGCCAAGAUCAGAGAGGCAGCACAGAACGCCGAUGCACGGAUGCAGGAGGAGAAGCAAAUGGAGAGGAGGAAGAAGAUCGCGGUGGAGCUGUCUGAGCUCGUGGUCUACUGCAGACCUGUCCCCUUCAACGAGGACAAGAUCGGGACAGAGAGGGCGUGUUACCGGGACAUGUCCUCCUUCCCAGAGACAAAGGCCGAGAAGUUUGCAACACGCAGCAGAGGGAAACGUUUCCUGCAGUACAACCGCCGUCAGCUUUCCAGAGUCUAUCCCCGGGGACAGAGGCUGGACUCGUCCAACUACGACCCGCUGCCCAUGUGGCUCUGUGGCUCCCAGCUAGUCGCACUCAAUUUCCAGACCCCAGAUAAACCCAUGCAGCUGAACCAGGCCUUGUUCAUGCUCGGAGGCGCCAGCGGCUUCGUUCCCCAGCCUGACGUCAUGAGGGACGACGCCUUUGACCCUUUCGACAAGGACACCUUACACGUGGAGCCAAUCACCAUCCAGUUACAGGUGCUGGGGGCCCGUCAUCUGCCUAAAAAUGGCCGCAGCAUCGUCUGUCCCUUUGUGGAGGUGGAGAUCUACGGAGCGGAUUACGACAGCUGCAAGUGCAAGACAGAUGUCGUAGCUGAUAACGGUCUGAAUCCUGUGUGGGUGCAGAAGCAGUUUGUGUUUGACAUCCACAACCCCACCUUCACCUUCCUGCGCUUCACGGUCUACGAGGAGGACAUGUUCAGUGAUCCGAACUUCCUGGCACAGGCCACCUACCCCGUCCGCCUGCUACGAACAGGCUACAGGAGCAUCCCUCUGAAGAACAGCUACAGUGAAGAGCUGGAAUUGGCAUCACUUCUGGUCCAUAUAGAGAUCGUCAAUGCAAAGGAGGAAGAUGAUGAGAACCUGUACAUGUCCAUCCAGCGGCUGCGGGAUCGAACCAGCGAGCUGUCCAACCAGGUUUCCCUCCUGGAGAGGUCGGGCUCGGGGGAUCUCAGCUACCAGCAGAGUCUGGAGGAGCUCCGAGCAGCUCAGGACCAGCUCAGUGAGCUGGUGGAGGCUCGAAACCGCAGGCUGAUGGAGAAGAAGAGGAGGGAGAAGCUAAGGCAGCAGGUGGCAGCAAAGCGCAGCUAACCGUCCGACACAAACCGUGCCCGACACACACUGCCACCGGAGCUGUGCAGCGACAGCCUGGGAAGACCACGGGCUCUCUACAGCAGCAACAUGCAAUCCGUUUAUAACUGGAAAUAAAAACAUGUUCUUUCACAAAAUAAUGUGAGACUUUACAGCACCAUGUUGGACUAACAGCAGAACAAAAAAAGACUAAAAAUAAGACCUCACUAAGCUAUAAAAACAAUCAUGGACUUGUGGCUGAAACACAUUAAGAGCUAACUGGAGACGG